CACUGAUAGGUGGCACUGAUUGGCAGCACUGAUAGGUGGCACUGACUGGCUUUGAUAGGUGGCACUGACUGGCACUAAUGGGUGACACUGAAAGGCAGCUCAGAUGGGCACUGAAAUGUGGCAUUGAUUUGGCACGGAUGGGCACUGGCAGGUGGCAUGGAUGAGCACUGACAGCUGGCACUGAUGGACACUGACAGGUGGCACUGCUGGGGCUACACAGAUCAUCAGGGCACACUGAUCAUCAGUGCCCUGAUGAUCACUGUCAGCGUGACAGCUCGUGAGGAGAGAAAUGCAGAUAACCGGCAUCUCCCUAUUUACAUGUGAUCAGCUGUG